ACAAACAGUGAGUACCCUUCCUCCCUGCAGCCGCAUACACGCGGUACAUGAGUUGCGGUCAGUAAUUCGAUCGGCUGUCGUUGGGAGAUCGGGAAGAGUCGUCGCCGUAGCAGGGUAGUGAGGGUGUAUACGCGCAUACACAUACACAUCCACCAGCCCUUCCUUUUGUAGGCGCUCCCUGAUUACUUUCUCUCUCUUCCUUGGACUGGCCUCCUCCCUCUCCAUCCCCCACCAUCUUUCCUUCUUUCUUUCUCCUUUGGACCCUUUCCAGUUGUCCACGCUCCCAUCUUUUUCACCAUCUCCUCCCAUCUCCCCUCCCCUCCCCUCAUCCGGCGUUCCACCCUGCCCGCCCUUGGCCGCCCGGAGUCCCCUUCCCUACUUGUACCAGCCCUUCUUUUCCAAUUUCAUCCUCUCCCUCCAAUUCUACUACUCCCAUCGCCACAGUCGCCACCCUCCCUCCCUCUCUCUCUCUCGCCGCCCACACCGCCACACUCCACUCGGUGUGUGGGAGGGAGAGGGGAAGAGGAGGCCGGCUGCUUGCUUGCUUGCUAGCUAGCUAGAAUUGCCUACAAUUCAGUACCGCUGCUUCCCCAAUUGCUCUACUGGUUGCUUGUACAGCUCUACAAGUACGCAAUUCAAGGUGGGGGAGGGAGCCAAGCCGGCCGGCCAUACUAGUUCUCGCCUCCCGAGCUCUGGUGGUCUCUCCUCCUCCAGCUGGUGGGCGUUCAGGGCGGAGAAGUAGAGGCGGCGGUGCCGUGGGGCGGCGCCCAUGCAGCAGCACCAGGGUGGCGGGUCCCAGUACGGGGCCGUGCCGCCGGACAUGGGGCCGUUCUCGCCGACGCAUCAUGCUUCGGCGCCGGCCCCCCUGCCGCUGAGCAGCCGGCCACCGCCGGCGGCGUUGUCUCAGCCACCGCCGCCGCAGCAGCAGCAGCAGCAACCGAGGACGAGCUACGACGAGCUGGCCGCCGCGACCAGCGCCGGCGCGGGCGGCUUCCCCGACGACGACAUGCUGGGCGACGCCGGCGGCAGCGGCGGCGGCGGUGGGUCGGGAGCGGCCGGCAACCGGUGGCCGCGGGAGGAGACUCUAGCCCUCAUCAGGAUCCGGUCGGAGAUGGACGCCACCUUCCGCGACGCCACCCUCAAGGGUCCCCUCUGGGAGGAGGUCUCCAGGAAGCUCGCGGAGUUGGGCUACAAGAGAAGCGCCAAGAAGUGCAAGGAGAAGUUUGAGAACGUCCACAAGUACUACAAGCGCACCAAGGAAGGGCGCGCCGGGAGGCAGGACGGCAAGAGCUACCGCUUCUUCACUGAGCUGGAGGCGUUGCAUGCCGCUGCGCCGCAGACGCCCCAGCCGCAGCAGCAGCAGCAGCAGCAGUUGCCGCCGGUUACAAGCAGCGCACCCGCGAUGCACGCCUUCGCGCCGCCGGUUCCCGCGCCACCGCCGAUGAGCGCAAUGCCACCGCCGCCGGGGCCGAUCCAGCCGGCCCCGAUAUCUUCUGCGGCUCCCGCGGUGCCCCUGGAGCUGCCGCCGCAGCCGCCCAUCAACCUGCAAGGCUUAAGCUUCUCGUCCAUGUCGGGGUCCGAGUCGGACGAUGAGUCUGAAGACGACGAGAUGACGGCGGAGACCGGCGGCAGCCAGGACCGCCUCGGCAAGCGCAAGCGAGGCGCCGGCGGCAAAAGGCUGGCGACUUUCUUCGAGGGGCUCAUCAAGCAAGUCGUCGACAGGCAGGAGGAGAUGCAGCGGCGGUUUCUGGAGACUAUGGAGAAGCGAGAGGCGGAGCGCACGGCGCGGGAGGAGGCGUGGCGCAGGCAGGAGGUGGCCCGCCUCAACCGCGAGCAGGAGCAGCUCGCCCAGGAGCGCGCCGCGGCGGCCUCCCGCGACGCCGCCAUCAUCUCCUUCCUCCAACGCAUCGGCGGUCAGUCCGUACAGGUCCCACCCGCCGCCACCGUCAUCCAGAUGCCCACACCGGUGCAGCUCCAGACCCCUCCGCCGGUCAAGCAACCUGCCAGGCAGCACCAGCCACAGCCAACGCCGCCGCCGCCGCAGGCGGCGCCAAUCCCGGCCGCGCCCCUCCAGCAGCAACCGCCGCAGCCGCAGCACAAGGAGACGAUUCACCACGAGGCAGUGACGCCGCGCAGGGCGCCACCGACGUCCGGCUCAUCACUCGAGCUGGUGCCCGCGGCGGAGCAGCACGUCGAGAGCGGGCUAGGAGGAGGGGAGGGCGGGUCGGCGUCGUCGUCGCGGUGGCCCAAGACGGAGGUGCAGGCACUCAUACAGCUGCGCAUGGAGCUCGAUAUGCGCUACCAGGAGACCGGGCCGAAGGGCCCGCUCUGGGAGGAGAUCUCGUCGGGGAUGCGGCGGCUGGGGUACAACCGGAGCUCGAAGCGGUGCAAGGAGAAGUGGGAGAACAUCAACAAGUACUUCAAGAAGGUGAAGGAGAGCAACAAGAAGCGGCCCGAGGACUCCAAGACAUGCCCGUACUUCCACCAGCUCGACGUCAUCUACCGCAGGAAGCACCUCACCGGCGGUGGCGGCGGCGGCGCUUCCGCGGCCAAUGUCGCCGCCACGGCAAUCGAGCACCAGAACCCGAACCGGCACGAGAUAGAGGGGAAGAACAUAAACGACAACGACAAGAGGAAGAACGGCGGAGGCGGCGGCGCGCAGGUGCCCACCAGCAAUGGCGACACGGCACCGACCACGGCCACGUUCGACGUCGAUAGCGGCAUGAAGAAGCUAACCGGAAAUCCGCUUGCCGUGAAGCCAGAAGACAUUGUGAGGGAGCUGAGCGAGCAGCCGCCCCGGGAGUUCACAACGGACGAGACCGACAGUGACGACAUGGGCGAUGACUACACCGACGACGGCGAGGAAGGCGAGGACGACGGCAAAAUGCAGUACAGGAUACAGUUCCAGAGGCCGAACCCGGGCGGCGCCAACACCGCACCUCCGCCGGCGACAACCCCGGCGUCCGCGGUGCCAACCUCGACUCCGACGAGCACCUUCCUCGCCAUGGUUCAAUAGGCGCGCGAACGAUGCAUCACCAAGUACGUACUUGUUCAAAGAAAAAAAAUCAAAGCAUCGCCAUCACCAUCGCAUCCUCUCACUACACCACCACCAACACAAACACCAUGCAUGCAUCAGCAAUCAGCAACCACUCUCCUUCGAGUUGGGAUCUCUCCUGUAAUGCAUGUGCGGUAAGUGCCAAUGACAUGUGGGCCCGGAAUAGGUGGGACCCACAUGCCAGUGACACCAGUACAGCAGUGGAUUUGCAUCCCUCUCCUUCACCUUGUAAUUCUCCCGUGCCAUUCCAUUAUUUAUUGAUUUCUCUGUGUAAUAAGAGCCCUCCCUGAUCUCACCUUAACCCGAGGAAGCAGAGGGGGUGGUAGAGAAAAUGAGUCCGGGUAACUUUAUCUCUAUAGGUCACCUCGUCGUGGUAAAGGAAGAAUUGUACAUCGAUGUAACAGUCCCUGAUGUCUCUGUUUUUUUUUUCUCUCUCUCUUUUUCUCCUUCCCCUCCGGCGACGGCGGUAUACAAGUUUGUAUACGGGUAUACAACAAUUACAUACAUUUCCAGCAAUUUGGAGCAGAGGUCAGAAGGUGUCUUGUUUUUGUUUCUUUUCUUUCUUUGCCGUGGGGAAUUUUGUCUCCUUUUAACCCGUUUUUUUUGCAGUGGUAUAAAACGUUGUUACUGUGCA